GAUUUGGCGCCAGAUUUUGCCGUGAGUCAACAGUGGAUCGAAGGAAGGGAGAAUGGGUCCGGAGAGGGAGGCUGGAAGUGAGCCUGAACAGCAAGAUGGUGCUGACGAGUGUGGCUUGGCAGUAACACGCUCAAAACGUAAUCGUAAGGAAAAAGUAGGGCGAGUUGCAGCACUGGAACGCCUGAAGAAGGCCAAGGCUGGUGAGAAAAUAAAAUAUGAGGUUGAAAAGAUUUCAAAUGUUUAUGAGGAACUUGAUGAAGAUCAAUACUCUAAGCUUGUAUGUGAACGACAGGAUGAUGACUGGAUAGUCGAUGAUGAUGGUGUUGGUUAUGUGGAAGAUGGUCGAGAAAUUUUUGAUGAUGAUUUGGAGGAAGAUGUCUUCGAUACAAAAGACAAAGACAAAGGAAGAUCCAGUACAAAGAAAGAGAAGAAAAAUGUGAAGAAUAUACUGGUUUCAAAGCCUAAUAACAUCAAAUCCAUGUUUUUGGCCAGCACAACCAAGAAGAAGGUUGAGAAAGAUGUUGAUCUGUCUAAGGAUGAUCUACUGGGAGAUAUACUUAAUGAUCUUCAUGCAGAGGCACCUUUAAUACCUACACCACCACCUGCUGUCAUUUUAAAGAGGAAGAAACCUGCUGGAGUAUCAGCAAAUCCAUUUUCCGUCAGGCCACCCACCCUCAAGAUUUCUCCAGCCCUCGAUUCUAAUUACCAGAACAGUUCCGCAAGGAAAACAGUUGCUACUGAAGAGGUGGUUAGUGUUGUGGACUCUGUCCAAUCUGCUCCGGUGAGAUCCUCAGUCAAACAGGUGUCAGUGAAGCAAGAGGAAAAGAGACUGGCAACAGUGGUGAAGAAGGAUAGUUCAAAGGCUAUGACCGUAAAAGAAGAGAAAGUUGUUGAAGAUGAGCCCUAUGCAAUGGAGUUGAAUGACGAUGACUUUGAUGAGCCCAUGGAAACCGAGUCUGCUGUGAAAGUAGAGAUGGAACCAGAAAAAAAUAUCAAAGUGAAAGAACCAGAUGACGAAGACAAACCAUUAAUAAUCUCGAACUUCAUUGAAUCUUCUUGCUGGGAUCGUAUGGACAGAAAUGAAAAUGAUUCUGUGGUGAUUGAUGUGCAGGUAGAUGCAGGUCGUUUGCCAUUAGUUACUGGUUUAGAAGGCGAGCAGGUAUUCAGGUUUUACUGGGUGGAUGCUUAUGAAGACCAAUAUCAUCAACCAGGAGUCGUCUAUCUCUUUGGAAAAGUGUGGAUUGAAUCAGCGAAAACACAUGUCAGUUGCUGCGUGGCUGUGAAAAAUAUUCAACGAACAAUAUACCUGUUGCCACGGGAAACGCGCAUUGAUCUGAAAACUGGCAAGGAUACUGAGACACCUGUAGUAAUACUGGAUGUUUAUCAGGAAUUUAAUGAACUGAUUUCUGAAAAGUACAAAAUAAUGAAGUUCAAAUCAAAGAAAGUGGAUAGGAAGUACUCUUUUGAAAUUCCAGAUGUUCCAGAAAAUUGCGAAUACCUAGAAAUCAGCUAUGCAGCUGACCUGCCUCCACUUCCUUCUGAUUUGAAAGGGGAAACCUUUUCUCAAGUGUUUGGCACCAAUUCAUCCAGUCUUGAACUUUUGCUCCUGAACAGGAAGAUCAAGGGACCAAGCUGGCUGGAAGUCAAGGCUCCACAGCUUGCCAACAAUCCCAUGAGUUGGUGCAAAGUGGAAGCUGUAGUGCUAAAGAUGGAGCAUGUGACUGUGGUGAAAGACAUUGCCCCUCCACCUCUUGUCAUUAUGUCGGUCAGCAUGAAGACUGUGCAGAACUCCAAGACUCAUCAGAAUGAGAUUGUGGCCUUGGCAGCUUUAGUUCAUCACAAAUUCCCUCUGGACAGAGCUGCUCCCCAGCCUCCAUUUCAGGCCCAUUUCUGUGUCAUCAGCAAGCCCAGCGAUUGUAUCUUCCCUUAUGAUUUUCGGGAGACUCUGAUGAGAAAAGAUGCCAAAGUUGAGGUUGCUGCUACUGAAAGGACUCUCUUAGGCUAUUUCCUGGCAAAGAUUCACAAAAUUGACCCUGAUGUUCUUGUGGGCCAUGAUAUUUAUGGGUUUGAUCUUGAUGUCCUGUUACAAAGAAUUAAUGCCUGCAAAGUUCCUCACUGGUCAAAGAUUGGUCGAUUAAGGAGAUCUGCAAUGCCUAAACUUGGGGGUCGUGGUGGAUUUGUAGAAAAGAAUGCAGCUUGUGGUAGACUGAUCUGUGACGUUGAAAUUUCUGCCAAGGAGUUGAUUCGAUGCAAGAGCUACAAUUUAACGGAGCUUGUUCAUCAGGUCCUCAAAACAGAGAGAGUGACUAUUCCAGCUGAAAACAUCCGUAAUCUCUACAAUGAUUCUACUCAUCUCAUGCACCUACUUGAAAAUACAUGGAUGGAUGCAAAAUUUAUUCUCCAGAUCAUGUGCGAACUGAAUGUCCUUCCUUUAGCGCUGCAAAUAACCAGCAUUGCUGGAAAUGUCAUGUCACGAACGCUGAUGGGUGGCCGUUCUGAGAGAAAUGAAUAUCUGUUGCUACAUGCUUUCCAUGAAAAAAACUACAUUGUACCUGAUAAGCCGUCUUUCAAGAAGCAUGUGCAGGAGUUUGUUGAUGAUGAAGAAGGAUAUGUUGAUGGAGGAGGUGGAAGCACAGGGAAAAUGAAGAAAGUUCGAAAAAAAGCAGCAUAUGCUGGUGGCUUGGUCUUGGAACCCAAAAUUGGUUUCUACGAUAAAUUCAUAUUGCUGCUUGACUUCAACAGCUUGUAUCCUUCAAUCAUUCAGGAAUUCAAUAUUUGUUUCACUACUGUAGAGAGAACUGCUGCAAAUUCUCAAAAGAAUCUGGAAGCUAAUGAAAUAGAAGAGAUCCCUGAAAUACCAGAUCAAGAUCAGGAAAUGGGUAUUUUGCCCAAAGAAAUCCGGAAGCUGGUGGAGAGGCGACGUCAAGUCAAACAGCUGAUGAAGCAACCAGACUUAAACCCAGAUCUCUAUUUACAGUACGAUAUCCGACAGAAGGCCCUGAAGCUUACAGCUAAUAGUAUGUACGGCUGCUUGGGAUUCUCCUACAGCAGGUUCUAUGCCAAACCACUUGCUGCUUUGGUCACUCUCAAAGGAAGAGAGAUUCUCAUGCAUACCAAAGAGAUGGUCCAGAAGAUGAACCUGGAAGUUAUUUACGGAGACACUGAUUCUAUCAUGAUUAAUACCAACAGUACAAAUCUGGAGGAGGUCUUUAAACUUGGAAACAAGGUCAAGAGUGAAGUAAACAAACAGUACAAGCUCCUUGAGCUGGACAUUGAUGGGGUGUUUAAAUCAUUACUGUUGCUGAAGAAGAAGAAAUAUGCUGCCCUUGUGGUAGAACCAACUGCAGAUGGACGCUAUGUCACCAAACAGGAACUAAAAGGGCUGGAUAUUGUUCGGCGUGACUGGUGUGGCCUAGCAAAGGAAAUUGGAAAUUAUGUUAUCAGUCAGAUUCUGUCGGAUCAACCCCGGGACACAAUAGUGGAAAAUAUCCAAAAUAAACUAACUGAGAUCCAGGAGAGUGUUGUGAAUGGUAGUGUACCCAUAAGUCAGUUUGAAAUUAACAAGGCUUUGACAAAGGAUCCUCAAGAUUACCCAGAUAAAAAAAGCCUGCCUCACGUCCAUGUUGCCUUGUGGAUAAAUUCCCAAAGUGGACGGAAAGUGAAAGCUGGGGACACUGUCUCUUAUAUCAUUUGUCAAGAUGGCUCAAACCUUGGUGCUAGCCAGCGAGCCUAUGCACCAGAGCAGCUGCAAAAACAGGAAACCUUGUCCAUUGACACACAAUAUUACCUCUCGCAGCAAGUGCAUCCAGUCGUGGCUCGAAUCUGUGAACCUAUUGAUGGAAUAGACUCUGCACUGAUUGCAACUUUGUUGGGUCUGGAUCCAACUCAAUUUCGAAGUCAAUCCCACUGUUUCAAAGAUGAAGAAAGUGAUGCUCUGUUGGGUGGCCCAGCCCAGCUUACUGAUGAGGAAAAAUACCGUGAUGCAGAAAGAUUCAAGUUUGCUUGUCCAAGCUGUGGAACAGAAAACAUUUAUGAUAAUGUGUUUGAUGGAAGUGGGCAACAGAUCCAACCCAGCUUGCUUCACUGCAGCAAUAUUGAUUGUGAAGCGUUACCUAUUCAGUAUGAAGUGCAGAUGCGUAACAAGCUAAUUUUGGACAUCAGGAGACAUAUCAAAAGAUACUACAGUGGAUGGCUAAUUUGUGAAGAGCAAACUUGCCAGAAUCGCACUCGUCACCUUCCACUAAACUUUUCUCGAAAUGGUCCAAUGUGCCAAGCUUGUACAAAGGCUACACUUAAACCAGAGUAUCCUGAUAAGGCCUUGUACACCCAACUAUGUUAUUACCGCUACAUAUUUGACUGGGAUUAUGCACUGGAAAAGGUUCUGUCUGGGCAGGAUAAAGAUUUUGUGAAGAAUCACUUUGGAAAUAAAGAUCAGGAGUACUGUUUGGUGUUUAAGAGCCUAAGGGGAGUUGUUGAUGAUGCACUGGCUUCCAGCAGCUACUCCGAAGUGAACCUGAGCAAACUUUUCCAAGCUUUCAGUACAAUCAGUAAAUGAAGAAGACACUGUCACUACACUUUUUUGAAGCUAGAUCAGCUAUGUUGGUGUGGCAGAAGAUUAACAAAAUGGUUAAUGUAAAUGUUUUUUGGGAUUUCUGCACUUGCUUGUAGCAAGAGCACUCUUUAUAUUCGAUACACAAAAAUGUGAAUAGCCCUGGAAUUUGACCCAGGUAAUGUGGAGGAGGAAGUUUGAAGAACAAACGUAUUAGAAGAGGGCUGAACAAUGUUAGUACAUAGACUUGUUAAUGUUUUUGUUGUCAUCUACUUUUCUAUCAAAACAUCAAUUAAACUUCUAAUAGGAUGAAAGCAGUUUAUUAUAAACAGGCUGGGGGAAGAAGUGUUCAGAUUGAUGGUAGUCUUUUUUAAAAGAGUGAUCUGUGGAGUCAGUGGUCUAAGAAAUGAGAAUGGUUGGGAUCACUGUGGAGUACACUUACUGGAGCGUGGAACAAUGGGUCUCAUUUACCAAAAUCUGAACAAUCUAUUGAAGUGACUGAAGUACAUUGGAUUGGAGAACUAACAGACAAACACAACCAGUUUUUAAAUAGGCAGCUGGCAAUGAAUGAAGCUAGUACAGUCAUGUCUGGCCAAGUCACUUCAAACUUCAGUGCUGUCCAAGAUUCCUAAAUAUCCAUUGUGUCUUUUUUAAAAAAAGAUUAUAGCCAUCGUAUUUUAUAUAAGAAAGUUUUUUUUUUAAAGUGUACAAUUCUGGCAUUUUUCGAAUAAAGUUUACUAUACAUUGUU